AUGAUGCUGUGGUCUCUGUUCGUUGUUGGAGUACUAAUGACUGUCACUGACGCAGAUUGUCCGGAUGGCUGGAGUGAAUACGAAAGCGCCUGCUACAUAUACUUCAUGGAUCACGACAACUGGAAUGACGCUCGUACUCAUUGUCAUUCAUUUGAUUUUUCGUGCAAUGACAAAUAUGCUCGUCUUAGUUUGGCUACACUCACUAAUGAUGGAGAACGCAAGUUUGCCAAUUCACUUUGGAAAGAUGCAACUGGUGGAAGGAUCACUGAUACAUAUCGUGCCAGAUAUUGGAUUGGGUUAUACAAGAAUAACGAAGGGUGGCAUUGGGACGACGCCAGAAAGGUGGUUGCUGACGAGCUAAACUGGGCAAAGGGCGAGCCAAAUAACCAGGGAGGGCAUCAAAAUUGCGCUGCUGUGUGGUUUGAUGACCUAACAUGGGACGACCGCAACUGCUACACUCCAGAAGGCCUUGCCUAUCUCUGCGAAUUUAAAUGCGAGUGA